ACUACGAAAGAGCCAAAGCUCUCAAGGCGCAUGCUUGUAUUAUAGAUUGUCGCGUUCGAUACUAGCUUCAAGUAAAGCAAAAUGGCAAAAACAUACAACAGCGGGGAUUCGCUAGUGGUCACCCACCUAACUACUAAUCCGCCGGUAUCCUGCUUAAGUACCGCUGAGCGAACGGGAAGCGCUGAAUUCAAGAUCCUAUGGUCGUAUGUGGAAGGUUGGCAUCUUUUUCACGUUUAUAUACUUGCUCCUACGCCCCAUCUAUCUUGGCCUCCUAAGGAACAUUGAUGAGCGAUCUGGCCCACUCCAAGAUAAGGAUCCACCCGCAUGAUUGUUCGGACUGAGAGACUCUAGGCUUAGAAUCUCCUGUAUGCCUUGUCGU